AUGAGUUCACGAUCAGUUGAAGUAGUUAUCAUCGGUGGUGGUGUGGCUGGGUUGAAAGCUGCUCAAACUCUCUUAACUGAUCCAUCUGGAAAAUUGAAAUCUGAUGAUAUUUUAGUGAUUGAAGCUCAAGAUCAUCUCGGAGGUAGAAUCUUCACUGAUAAAAACCUGAGUAAAUUAGGAUAUAAUUAUGAUCUUGGAGCUGCUUGGUUUCAUGAUUCACUUAGUAAUAUCGUCCUUCAAGAUGCAGUUAAUGAUAAUGAUUUAGAUAAUUUUGAUCGUGGGAAAGAUACUUAUUAUGAUGAUAAAGAUCCUAAAAUAUUUGGAGAAGAUGGUCAUGUUGAUUUAGUCGAUACGAAGAUAAAUCGAGUUUAUGAAGAAUUAGAGAAAUUCAUUGAAUUAUAUUAUUAUAAUGAUACAGAUGAACCUGAUUUAUCUUUAAAGGAUAUCACUGAUAAAUUCUUACAAAAAUAUGAUUCAAUCCUUACACCUACUCAAAAGAAAUAUUGUAAAUUAUUAAUCCGAACUUAUGAAUCAUGGUAUGGGAUAUCAUGGGAUGUGAUAAGUGGGAAAUAUUCCAUGAUGGAUCACCAUGGAAGAAAUCUUUUAAACGUGAAAGGGUAUUCCUUUAUAAUUGAUAAACUCGCAAAGCAAAUUCCAUCAAGUUCGAUAUUAUUAAAUUCUCAAGUUAAAGUAAUCGAUCGUUCAAAUAAGGAUGUACCUACCAAAAAAGUCAUGAUAGAAACAACACUGGGUUUAAAAGUAUAUACUAAUUAUGUGAUAGUUACUGUCCCCCAAAGUAUCCUACAAUUAUCAGAUUCUUCUUCAUAUGGAAUCACUUGGAAACCACCCUUACCUAUCAACAUCAAAGAUGCAUUAAGUGAGAUUCAUUUUGGUUGUUUGGGAAAAGUAAUUUUUGAAUUUGAUUCUAUCUGGUGGGAUAAAAAUGAAGACCGGUUUGAAAUAUUAGCCUCAGAGCCUGAUCCAACUAAAUCAUAUUCUGAUCCUAUUACAUCUCAUCCUCGACCAUUUGAUUAUCCAGCUUAUAUGGUUAAUUUCGCAUCAGUACAUAAAGAAAACUUAUCAAAAGGAAGUAGUUUAGUAAUCUUAACUCAGUCCCCCUUAACUGAAUAUUUAGAAUCUCAUUCCAAUGAAGAUGCAUGGAGAUAUUAUAAACCAAUGUUAGAGAAAUUAGUAAUACCAGGUAAAUCCAUCACUAAUCCAAUCAAUACCAUAAAGACUAGUUGGACACAAAACCCAUAUAUAAGAGGAUCCUACUCUGCUUUACAUACCCAUGAUGAUCCAUCACUGUUAAUAAUACAGUUAUCUGGUGAAUUUGAUAAUACUGGUUUAAUAGGGAAUAAGAACAUUAGAUUUGCUGGUGAGCAUACCAUUCUGGAUGGUGCUGGUUGUGUUCAUGGAGCGUAUAGUAGUGGACUUAGAGAAGCUGAUUGGAUCUUGAAUGAUAUAUCAUAG